AUGCUAGCUAAUCUUAAACUUCCGGAUGAUGGUAAUCCCAUGGUUGAUGGAAAAUUGGGGGAUGUUAGCUCACAUAAUCCAUCUCACACAUGUGCCACUUCCAAUGAUGAUUCGAUGGAUGGCCAACGUGGAAAGCUUGCAGUAUCUGUUCCAGAUCAUCACAUCAAAAUGGAUAGAAUUGACGAUGCCAACUCAUCUCUGAAAACCAACAAUAUUUUGCUGCAAUCUUCAAGAGCAUUUUUAUUCACAUCUCACACCUUCCCCUCCCGCCAAUUCGGAUCCAAUCCCAAUCCGGAUCAGAACCCGAACCCGAGAUCCGAUGGAUCCAACAGACUUAUCCCUCUCGGAUUUCCAAUCCCAAGAGAUCCGCCGCAACGCCGACCCGGGCGCCAUCCUGCUCGCCGUGGUGGCGCGCGCAACGUAAAUCGCCGUUCGCUGCGGCGCGUGGAGGAGAAGAACGACCCGACCGUUUUCCAUCCGCCGCCGCCGGAGAUCCGCGAAGAGCCCGUUCGCAGUGGCUCCUCCGCCAACCCGGCGAAGAGGAGAAAGCUCCUCGGCCGGGGUCCUUUAACCUACAUGAUCCGACAGCUUUCUCUGCAGCGCGGCAUUCCGCCGCCGCUGCCGAAGCUUGUGAUACAGAAGACGCUGUCCCGCACCGACGUGGACUCCAACCAAAACCGGCUAUCCAUCCCGAUAUCCAAAAUCGACGACGAUUUUCUCACUGAUGCGGAGAAGCAGCGCUUCCGCAGCGAGAACAAGCGGUCGAACCACGUGAAUGUUACGAUCAUGGCUGCAGCAGCGGUGGAGGAGCUGUCGACGGAGAACGUGAAGCUGUCCCGAUGGGAUAUGCACAAGGGGGAAGGCAAAAAUACGUAUUCGAUUUACGCCAUCAACGAGGGGAUGCUUGUGCAGCUCUGGUUUUUCCGGCUCCGGGAGGAGCUGUGCUUCGCGCUCGUGCAGUUGUGA